AUGUUUGUGCUUCAUGAACCCCAGAAGCUGCAAAGUCUGUAUGAAUCUUUGGAAAAGAGCAACCCCGAAUCCUUGAAGGUAUAUGGUGCUGUUUUCAACAUUAAAAAUAAAAACCCAUUCAACCUGGAGGUGCUGGUGGAUGCUUGGCCAGAUUUUCAGGUGGUCAUCACUCGACCAAAGAAAGAGGAGAUGAAAGAUGACUUGGAUUAUUAUACCAACACUUACCACAUUUUCACCAAAGAUCCUAACAAAUUAGAGGAAAUCCUGGCAUGCCCUCAUGUUAUCAAUUGGGAACAAGCCUUCCAGAUCCAAGGUUGCCAGCAGAGCUUGGAUGAAGCAAUAAAAAAGAUUGCAGCUUCAAAGUCAGUGCAGGUGGAUUACAUAAAGACUGUUCUUUUUAUGAUAGACUCCCCAGUGAAUCACAAGACUUCAAGUGAUGACAAGAUGGAAUUGAAGUUAUUUAAAAUGCAUGAAGUGGAUGACGAUAACAAGAAAGGAGACUUUUCAAGCAUUUUAUUGGAUGCCUCACAUGCAGGUCUUAUAAAUGAACAGUGGACCUUUGGGCAAAAUGAGAGGAGCUUGAAAUACAUUGAACGCUGCCUCCAGAAUUUUCCAGGAAUUGGUGUGAUGGGUCCAGAAGGGCAGCCUAUCUCUUGGCUUGUGAUGGAACAGUCCUGUGAGUUGCGAAUGGCUUACAGUGUCCCCAAAUACCGAGGCCGAGGUAACAUGAGGCAAAUUAGUUAUCACCUAAAGAAAUAUAUCUCUCAACAAAAAAUCCCAUUUUAUGUACAUGUGGCAGAACAUGAAGAGAAAACUCAACAGAUAGCAAAAACUGUGGGACUUAAGAUUUGUCCUUGUGGUUGGCAUCAGUGGAAAUGCACCCCCGGUAAAUAUUGUUGA